UGCCUUACAAACACUUUUCUCUCUCUCUCUCUAAACUGAAACAAGAAAUUAGUUUUAAAAACACACGUGCUUUCCCAUUCUUCUUCUUCUUCUUCAUCCAACUUCCUCUGUUUUCCUCUGCAUUUCAUCCUCUGUUUUCCUCUGAAUUUGAAGUUACUUAAAGAUGAUUACAUUACUGGACUUCUACCAUGUCAUGACCGCCGUCGUCCCCCUCUACGUCGCCAUGAUCUUAGCUUACGGCUCCGUCAAAUGGUGGAAGAUCUUCACCCCCGAUCAGUGCUCCGGUAUCAACCGUUUCGUCGCCCUCUUCGCCGUUCCCCUUCUCUCCUUCCACUUCAUAGCCUCCAAUGAUCCUUAUACCAUGAGCUUUCGCUUCAUCGCCGCCGAUACUCUCCAGAAAAUCAUGGUCCUCGUCGUCCUCGCCAUCUGGACUAAGGUGAGCCGGCGGGGGUGCUUGGAAUGGACAAUUACUCUGUUUUCACUUUCAACUCUGCCCAACACUCUGGUUAUGGGAAUUCCUCUGCUCAAAGGAAUGUACGGCGACUUUUCCGGCAGCUUAAUGGUUCAAAUUGUGGUUCUUCAAUGCAUAAUUUGGUACACUUUAAUGCUCUUCAUGUUCGAAUUCAGAGGAGCUAGGAAUUUAAUCUCCGAGCAAUUUCCCGACACGGCGGCGUCCAUUGUCUCCAUUCACGUCGAAUCCGACGUCGUUUCUCUCGACGGCCAGCAAGUAUUGGAAACAGAGGCGGAGAUAAAAGACGACGGAAAGCUCCAUGUCACUGUCAGACGGUCCAACGCCUCUCGUUCUGAUAUUUUCUCCCGCCGGUCACAGGGGCUGUCGUCGACGACUCCCCGGCCAUCCAAUCUCACCAACGCCGAGAUUUAUUCGUUGCAGUCAUCGAGAAAUCCAACGCCAAGAGGCUCGAGUUUUAAUCACACUGAUUUUUACUCCAUGCUUGGCACCGGUGGGGUGGCACCAGCCGUGUCGAGAGGGCCGACGCCACGGCCGUCGAAUUAUGAGGAGGAGAAUCACGGCGGAGGAGGGAAAAGUGGGCCGAGAUAUUAUUAUCAUGGGAAUCCAGCGCCGCCGCAUUACCCUGCUCCGAACAUGGGAAUGUUUUCACCGACGGGUUCAAGAAAUAAGAGAUCAACGGCGAACGGACAGGUCGGCCAGUACAAAUCGGAGGAUGGUAAUAAUAAUAACAACAAUAAUAAAGAUCUUCAUAUGUUUGUUUGGAGUUCAAGUGCUUCCCCUGUUUCUGAUGUGUUUGGAGGCCAUGAUUAUGGAGGUCCCCAUGAUCAUAAAGAACUUAAAUUGGCUGUCUCCCCCGGAAAAGGCGAGAGUGGGCCGAGACAUAACGAUAGAGAAGACGUGGAGCGAGAGGAGUUUAGCUUUGGAAACAGAGGGAUGAACAGCAGCAACAAUGGACAUGAAAUGGCGGCGGGAGAGAAAGGAGGGACCAGUGGAGUGUCAAAGACAAUGCCACCGGCCAGUGUGAUGACAAGGCUGAUUCUUAUAAUGGUUUGGAGAAAGCUGAUCAGAAACCCCAACACUUACUCUAGCUUGAUUGGCCUCACUUGGUCCCUUGUUUCAUUCAGGUGGCAUGUUGAGAUGCCUGCCAUUGUAGCACAGUCCAUCUCGAUACUCUCCGACGCCGGGCUCGGCAUGGCUAUGUUUAGUCUCGGUUUGUUCAUGGCUUUGCAACCAAGGAUCAUAGCAUGUGGAAACUCCAUAGCAACUUUUGCCAUGGCUGUUAGAUUCCUUGUAGGCCCAGCGGUAAUGGCAGCUGCUUCCAUUGCUGUUGGCCUCAAGGGCGUUCUCUUGCAUGUUGCCAUUGUUCAGGCAGCUCUUCCUCAAGGGAUUGUACCGUUUGUGUUUGCUAAAGAGUAUAACGUACACCCAGAUAUUUUGAGCACUGCAGUGAUAUUCGGGAUGUUGAUUGCACUACCGAUAACGUUGGUGUACUACAUUUUGUUGGGAGUUUGAAAGGUUUGUGUUUAAACACGAAGGAUUGAAGAGUUCGUAUAUACGAGCAAAACAAAUGGAGAAGAAUCGGCGAGCAUUAGACAAGAAGAUAACGAAGAUUAUUAAUCGAAGAAUGGAAAAUAACUAAGAGAUUUGAGAUUUUUUUUUUUCAUGAAGUUGUAUUUAAUCAUGUUUGUAGCCAAAUUGUUUUACAUAAACUUUUCUUUCCUUUUGUUUCCUUCUUUU